UUACACCGAAAUGUCACACGGCGGACAAAAUGUCGAGUUUUGACAAGACAGAUGCAAGAGUAAUGUAUGUUCAUUAGUAGAUUUCACCACAGUAAUCGCUACUUAACUAAUGUAUGUUCAUGAAUAUAUCCAUGUCAACAGUUUGGUUAACAACGAUAGGUUUUGAUCGCUCUCUUAGGUGGAGUGGAAGCGAGAGUGUUGUGGAUGGCAGGAAAAGUGCAACUCCCCUUCGGCUACAAUUAUGACAUUGGAGAUGGCCCUUACUUAAAGAGCAACCCACCGUCAUCAGGCUGGAAUAUGGAAGAAGAUGUAGUGCUCGAUCAACUCAGCGAUCAGAGCUUCAAAAAGCGGGCAGAGAUUCUGGAGCAUUUGAUAAUCAGUGCACGUAGAAACGGCGGCCGUUUACCGUAUUCUGACGUGUACUCCAUCUACCAGGGUUUGGAGCUAGCGUUGUCUGACUCCAACUGGGAUGUCAGGUUGAAAUGUGUUCAACUUAUACAUGAAACCAUUCCACAUUUAGAGGACCUGGACGCAUGUAUGUCACUGGUAUUAUCAAGACUGAUUCCUAUCCUCGGAGAUAGUAGAAUCACCCUUCGCAGAGCUGUCAUUCAAACUUUGCAUGUCUACAUGAAAAAUACACAUAAUGUGCAGGCAUUAUUACGUGCUAUAGUUAAAAGCGGAUUGGAAAGUGAUGAUUCACGAGUGCGGAAAGAAGCGAUUGUGGCACUACCAAUGCUUUUUACUCCAGAAUUUGCAAAUGAAAACUUUUACGAUGUCACAUUGUCUUUGGCAAAAAAGUUACUUGACAAUUCUUCUGAAGAUAACAUGCGAGAGACAGCUCUGUUUACGAUGGAAAAAAUUAGGAACUUUGUUGGAGAGAGUGAUUUUAAUUCUUAUAUUCAAAAGUUGUCCCCACCUUUGCGCCAGUACUACCUUCAGCUGUCUGACCGUGUGGAAGAAAAUGGCUACAAUGUUCGAAGCAAGCCCUCAAUCACUGAUUCAACUAUUCUGCCAUCAAGAUCACAUGCCCCUUUUACAGCAAGGGGGCAUUUUACAAACAAUAACAGGGAAGAUUUGUACGAGUUUGGCAUAGUUCCUAGUCAGGUUAUGUGUCAAAUUUAUGAUCAGGAAAAUUUCAAAGCUAGAGCCUUGGCUGUGGAGGAGCUGAAAAAUAUUCUGAAUGAUUUGUAUCGCUUAGACCUGUUAAAACCUCAUAUGUUGUCUUUCAUUAGUUUUGUCAGCAGCCUCCUAGAUGAUGCUAACUUCAAGAUCACCACAGUGACACUCGAAAUGUUGAACAUUUUAGCCUGUAAGCUGGGUCAAGAUGUACGUCACUAUCUGCAGCCCCUGGUGUCAGCCUUGACUAAGAGGAUGAGUGACAAUAAGAUUGUUGUAAGGCAAGUUGUAAUGAAAGUAUCAAUGCAGCUAAUGCAAAGCUAUGCCCCAAAGCCUGUAUUGGCUGUGAUAUGUGAUAAUUUAAACCAUCGAAACUCAAAGGUUCGACAGGAGACCUUGAACAUCAUCAUUGCUUCCCUUCUCAAGUUCCCCAGUUACGAUUUUGAUUUACCUCGUCUUUGCCAAAUUGUUGGUCCUUCCCUCCUUGAUCCAAAGAGACAAGUGCGACAAGCAGCACUGGAGUGUUACGCUGUGCUUGCCCAGGCUAUGGGGACAGGGAAAUUGGGGCCUUUAGUUCAGGCAGUAGACCAGGUAGAGUUGAACAAUGCAGAGGCAGAGGGUGUCAUGGCUGCUGUGCAGGCACGACUAGCCAGGCGUCAGCUGCCCAAAAUGAGUGUGGAUGGUUUGAUUGAGCUUGCCACACCUUUAUCUGGUUCAGUGUCAUCGCGAGGCGGGAUGCAGCAGGGUGCAGACAUUGACUGGAUCAUGGCUGCCUCCAGCGGUGGCUCUGGUUCGGCCAGAACAUCUCGCUCAGAAAUGGUUGAGUUAGAGUCAGUGUCAUCCAGAACAUCAUCAGCCGUGUCCAGAGAUGGGUCAGCAAGGCCGAUGCCAGCUCCACGCAGAAUAGUCAGUGCUGGGAGGGGAAAGAACAAGUUGCCUUGGGAAGACAGUAAAGACGACUGGUCAAAAGCCUACGAGCCAUUGCCAGGGACCGCUCCUGCACGGGGCGUGCGGAACAACCAGACAAAUGAUGCCCCCCCUAUACAGCCCCGUAUGACCUGGGGCGGAGAGGAAAGUAUACAAGAUGGCAAGAAAGGACCACGGACUGAAGAUAAUCCUCUAUCUAAUGGAUCUCAAAGAAUAAGCAAGGUGAAGAGAACAAGCAGUUUGAGGCAUGGAGGAUAUGAAGAUGAUUACACCCAGAGAGACCCAUCCUGGGACACAGGCUCCUCUGUCUCUUCGCACAGACACACCAAGACCAAACUGGAGCCCAUCCCAGGUAAAGAUGGUUAUAUACAGGAUGACACGCCCAUCCCCCUCAAGCCCACCCUGGCCAGAGGCUCUGCCACUCAGCGCAGCAAGGUACCCCCGAUCAUUCCGUCUGGUGAUAAGUACCAGACCCCUCGUGAUGAGGACAGAGACAGCGCCUACGCCCCAUCCCUUGAGGGAACUGCUGACCUAGAGAAUCAGGCUGAGAUGAUGAGCUCCCUUCGUCAAAUCCGUAACAGCGCUUCCAAAAAGAAAGCAGCAAAGAUAUUUGAGAAACUGGAGAAAGAGCAGAGUAUGAGCUCACGUUCUCCGAGUCCACCGCUGUCAGACCUCCACUUUGAGAGUGGCUUUUAUAGCCCCGCCUCCACCAGAGAUGACUGGUCUGAUUGGUCUAGCAGGGAUUCUUUCCGACGGGGAGGAAAAAGAUCUGAAAAUGUAUUUGAAGCCAAGCCCAAGCUUGCACGUGUUGGAUCUCUCAAAGAGAAGAAGAGUUCUCUACCCUUGGAUGAUGACAAACCUGUUAAACAAGACAGCACUCAUCAGAUUGAGUUCAACCCUGUCAGUGGGGUGACAUUUAGAGCUAACAGAAGCUCAGAUGUUCAGAUUGUUGGCAGAGGAUAUGGGGAGGAUAGCGGCUCUCCAGCUGACCCUAAAAUGGGCACUUACAACAAUAAGGCUAGAGACCGACGAAGACUUACUAAAGGCUCCUCCCUCUCUCCCCUGGGCGUGGCCUCAAUGCACAGUUAUGGUGCUCUUGACUUUGAGGAAGAUCGAGCUCCCAGUCAGGACAAGAUUGGGGUCGUAGGAAGAGGUAUGUUUGACACCUCCCCAUCUGACCAAUCAGGGAACAGCACUGGGCUGUCAGAAAGGCAAGAGAAAAAACAGCUACGGCAAACCAAGAAUUACCCAACUGGGAUUUAUGGGAUAGGAGUAAGACAGAAUUCAUCGGAUAGGCAGGACACUAGCAGCUCUGGAGAUGAGACUGAAGACUUGGAUGAUGACAUGUUGAAUAUGUCCAUGUCUAAGAGCAUGCGCGAGAGAAUGUUGCAGAAGAAGCAACAACGACAAGAAGAAGUGGACAAGCGUCGUAAGGACAAGGAGGAUAGUCGAGAGCGGGAUCGUCAGCUGGAGAGGUUACGGGGUCAGAACAGCGACGCUGACACUGGAACUCUUGCUAUAUCUGGAAAUUCCUCUGGGCCAGCCAAAUACACCUCACCCACCAAGCCACCGCAUACGCUCUCCCCACGCAAGAAGUCAAAAACAGGAGGGUUAAACUCUGACAGCUCUCCUGCCCCAGUGUCGGCCUCAACCAAGUCUGUGGUCACCUCAGAGAACCCUGAGGACUGGGAGCCAUUCAGAGACCCUGAUGCCGCACUGAGAGAAGCCAUGAAAUACAUGGGUCAGCAAGACUGGGAAACAAAAUGUAAUGGUAUAAACAUUGUGAGGAGGCUGUGCAAAUACCACCCUGAUGUUUUGAUAGCUCAGUUACACACAGUGAACAUAGCACUGAUUGCUGAGGUGAAAAACUUGAGAUCCCAGGUAUCCAGGCUGGCUGUUGUUUGUGUUGGAGACAUGUUCCAGUCUCUGCGUAAUAAAAUGGACGUAGACCUGGAUAUGGUUGUGAAGGCAUUGUUAGCUAAGAAUGGAGAGAGCAAUGGCUUUAUCCGCGAUGAUGUGGAUCGCGCCCUGUCCCUAAUGGUGGAGAACACAACAUCACAGAGGGCGCUGCUAGCCAUCAUAGCUGGCGGGGCGACACAUAAGAACACAGCGGUGAGGAAGACGGCAGCCCUGUUCUUGGUGCAGGUUGUGGAGAGGCUGGGGCCAGGCAAGGUGCUGAGUGGGGUGAAGGACAUCACAGACAGGGUUCUGCCCACGGCGGCGCAGUUCGUCAUGGACAGCUCUCCGGAGACCAGAUAUAAUGGCCGAAAAAUUUUCCACAUGUUGAUGUCAUACCAGGAGUUCGACCGAAUGCUGUCAAAACAUCUGCCAGCUAACACACUGAAGAGUGUCAGCGAUAUUGUGGAAAAUCUGAGAAUAAAGGGUUUGGGUGAUAUGCCCUCAGAAAGUACAUCAGCGCGAUCCCGAAGGUCAGGUCAGGGGUCAAGGUCAAGUUCUUUCCGAGGUGGAUCUGCAGUCAGUAUGUCAGGGAUGGCGGAGACAACAAAAAGACGCGUCGUACGAACAGACGAUCGUACUCAGGAAGAGAUCAAACAGAUGCUGGCACUUCUGGCUGCCAGUGAUUGGAGGGACCGUUACCGCGGGAUCACAGAAUUCCUGGACAUGUGCGAAAACAACACCAACAUCAUCGGCAACCAGAUCGUCAAGAUUUUUGACAAGUUUUUGCCACGGCUACAGGACCCUAACAGUAAGGUGAACCUUUUUGCCCUACAGGCCAUGUUACAGAUCAUCCCCACCCUCAAAGACUGGUUCUCCUCAGUGAUCAACAUGACAGUACAGAACAUCACUCCAAACCUCAACUCUAAAAACACAGAGAUCAAACAAGUGGCCAUGAGCAUAUUGGACAUGCUCCUGGAGCAUAUAGAUGGUGCCCUGCUUAUUCAGCCAUUCGCCAACCAAGCUCAGAGUGCCAGCAGCAGAAGUCAACCAGACAUGGUGGAGAAAGUAGCAUAUUUGGUUUCAAAGGUGUACACCAAGAAGCAGCGUCAGGUGGUUCUGCACGUACUUCCUUUGCUAUGGCACCUGAUAGGUGUGAACAAUAACGGACGGGGUGUGGGCAGUGGCUCCAGCCCUUUGAGAACUGCCACCAUCAACCUGGUCCAUAGUCUCUACUCCUACAUGGGCGAUUCUUUGCUGGACCAUGCUCAGUCAAACCCAGCAGUGUCAUCUAAACAUCUUCAGGUCCUGCAGGAGUUGAUAGGACCAGAUAUAAACGCGAGAAGCGUGGCACUACCGGUCACUUCCGGUAUGAGAUAUCCAGCUGAAAAACCACAGGCUAUGAUGCUGAUGGAUAAUAAUAUCGGCUGUAAGGAAGGGUGACUUUUGUUCAGUGUUAUAUUACACAACCGAAUUCUUAACCUCUGCUGGACCUAACAGUAGCCAGCAUUCAAAUCCAAGUACAUCAGGCUUAUAGGAGAUGCACAGUCCACAUCAUCAGUCCUGUAGUAUGUGGUUCCUGGGUGAUUAACCUACCUGUUCUUUAUGCAAUCUUAUCAUCUUACCUGUAGCCGUGGAUGUCCAUCUGUACCCAUGUGUAAAUUCAUGCAGCUCUAGAAGGCCACUUUCAGGUGUCACAGUCUUCAAUUCUGGUCAAGAGUUUAGUCGAAUGCAGGAGCUUUUGUGUAUUGCACUGGCUUCUUUCUAACAGCCUAUAUGUAGGAUAUGGUCUUGUGGAUGAUGACGCUGCUUAUAGUGCGCUGUACAUGUAUGUACUUUGAAGAUUCACUUAUAACCUGGUUCUGCAAGUAUUUGAGGAUGUAUAGAGAGAUGACGUUACAAGAGAUGUGCUGUUUUAUACAUGUACAUUCUAAUUCCGGUUGCUAUGCCCCUGCAAGUCCAAAGCAUUGGAUUAAAAAGCAUAUAUCUGAGGUACAUAUAUUAUGUGAAAUCUAAGAGAAAGCCAAUUGUCACUAUGCUCAAUAUUCAGUAAAUGUUUGUAUUGCCUGCAGAAACAUUAUUUUAAUUUGCUUUCCGUAAAGUAAUGCCUUACAUUCCGUUUGCUGUUUCCAUCUGUCAAUAGGGUACACUUCACAGCUUAUAGAUCUAAGAAUAUGUUGCACUGCUUUUGCACUAGCCUUUCAUUUGUAUCUUUAUCCAAGUUGUGACUUUGAUACAGAGGCCUUUAUUCUGCUGAAUGAACCUUGAUAAGUAAUGUCAGAAUAAUCACCGUCCCAAUGCUAAACUGCUGACAGUCAAAAGUACUUGUACCACAUGUGUGCUUUAAUAACUUGCCACAUUCAGGAGGUUGUAUUUCAAAUGUAUUGAUCUUUUUUUCUUCUAACUGCAUCGUGCAUCCGUCCAUUUGCGCAGUUAGACGUUCACGAAAUGAAUGUGCAUGCCAGAAUGUUUUAAUUGUUUAUGCAUACAUGUAUGCUUAUAGCAGAAGUUUUAGUGAGACAAAACUUGUGGGCAAGAGUAUUUGUCUGAUAGUUUUUGUUGACGUUGAUGUCUUCUGCCCAUUUUGCAGAAUUGUUCUGAUGUGUGUACACCUGAAGCAAAUCCUGCUUGUAGCCGUAAUUGUAACUACAUGUACAGUUAUAAACAGGGUAUUUGUUGUUUUUAUAGGAACGGUAUUGAUAAUCAGUGGUUCAUGAACAUACAUGAACAUGUGGGACUAUGUUACCGGACAACAGAAUGUCUUGAUAUUGUUCUGCCAUUAUCAUCCCAGUGAUUAGUCUUAGAUAGUUCCGGCCAUGAUUUGGGCAUAAUGAAAUUAAUUGUCGCUAUUUGUAGUGUGUAAUUGAAGUACUUGUGUACAAAAGUGUGAAAAUAACAUCGAUUUGAUGUACUUUUAGCAUACAUGCACAUGUACCAGGCUCUGUUUGAUAAGUUUAUCUGUGAUGAUUAUUAAGAAAUGCUCCAUGCGGCCAGUACAAUGCUUCACUUAAAACCGUCCACAGUUACAUUUACACUGAAAUACACUUUGCAUUGGAGAUAGCUUUAUACCUAGUUAGUCCAAGCAUGCAUAACAUAAAUGUCACAUUUUAAUGGUUUGGUCGUAUAUUAAGCUAAUGAAUUCAAGUAAAAUCAAAUUCACACACAAAAUCUUUCUGUGUUCCUGUGUGAAGAGAAGUGACACUUUCACCUGUCUUAAUACUUUGUUACACCUUUGUACAUGUAUGCUGUACCAAGCAUAAACACUGGCUUGAUUGAGAUUACCAUUGCUACUUAAUAACUUGACUUUUAUUCGCACACCAGUGAUUAUAACCACCUAUUUUACAUGUUAUAUCUGUGAUUUUGUUCAAGCUCAAUAUGUUAAUAGCUUAUCCACUUUUCUAUUUUCUCAAGUUGUCCAAAGUAAUAAAUAUAUGAAAGCAUAAUUUACACGUAACUGAGAAAGGGACCUUUAGCUGUUGUUAAAAGCAGACUGAUACAGUAAUAUGCACACGUACAGUUCAUGUUUAUCAUAAUUCACUGACAUUGCCUGUAAGAUUUCAGUUGCCGUCCACAAAUUGGGUACCACUUUUACUAGUGCGAAAAAAUGAAACUGAUAGUGCAUGUGUGUAUCUUGUUUUAAGAAGCAUCUGUUCCUGCACGUCUGGUUUACAUGACUCUUUUCUCUAAUGAAUUAAAUUAAAUAGACUCACUUCUUAUGAUUGGCCACUGUUUGUGAAACAAAUGCAAAAGUGUAAAUUUUGUAAGUUUGAAUUUUGUCAUUGUGUGAUGUAAAUACAUGUUUCUUUAGUGUGUACAGUGUGAAACUUAUUGUAAACCAUACAGUUGUUCAUGUAAUAGACGUAUCCAGCUGUAAAGGCUAGUGUGUGUACAUGCACGUGUACAUGGCAUCACUUACUCUACCAGUGCCAAGAUGAUAAGGAUACAAAAUAGGCUUAUCUGUAAUUGCCUAAUUAAGGUGGAUUCUCUGUUCUAGUGACUUGACUAGAGAAAAUUUUGUGAAAAUUUGUAGCUCUGUAUAAUAUUGUUACAUGUACAGAAGUGGAAGAGGUAGUAGUUAAUAUAUGAACUUCAGUACAUUUUAAGGUUUUCCUGUUGUAACCAUAAUCUGCAGUUUCAUGAAUUUUUCCAAAACAGAAUGGUUAAAUAUUAACUGAGCAAAGGAUAACUGUCUGGCGUAUGCAUUACCAAAGAAGGUAAACAGUUGUUGCAUUAGGAUACAUUUGAAUGCAUGUUUGCUGACAAGAGGAUGCUGGUUUUGAACUAGUCCCAAUUAAACAUAAUUUACAUGCUAAUUUACACGGCUUUAACAGUUCAAAAGCCAGCCAAAUUUGCUAGACUGGAAUUAGAUUUAAGAGAGAUACCAUUUUCCUUAGGUGACAAUUAUGUCCAUUUAGUCCAUAGGAUUAGUUUCAAAUGUAAAGGGGGCCUCCGUGGCUCAGUCGGUUAGCGCGCUAGCGCAGCGUAAUGACCCAGGAGCCUCUCACCAAUGCGGUCGCUGUGAGUUCAAGUCCAGCUCAUGCUGGCUUCCUCUCCGGCCGUACGUGGGAAGGUUUGCCAGCAACCUGCAGAUGGUUGUGGGUUUCCCUCGGGCUCUGCCCGGUUUCCACCCACCAUAAUGCUGGCCGCCGUCGUAUAAGUGAAAUAUUCUUGAGUACGGCGUAAAACACCAAUCAAAUAAAUAAAUAAAUAAAUCAAAUGUAAAGUACUAAAGCUUGCUGAAACUUCUACUUUGAAGCUGUGACCUGUGGAAAUGUUUAUCAUGGUUAGUCUCACUUGUUUUCUAGAAAACUUACAUGUGCAUGUAUUCUGAUGUAGCUACACGUAAGUAGACGUGUUAAGUCUAUGUACGUGGUAAGUUUUUAUAAUCUAUGUCCUUUGAUUUAGGUUGUUAUGGGAGGCUGUUAUAGGUUGGUUGAGUUUUCCAGUGCUUUAAAUGAUGUUACUUAGUCCUUGUCUUUCCCCGUUUAUCUGGACCAGUCCUAAGCCGCGAGAUAGGCUCAAGGGUAUCAUCCAUGACCACUGUGGAAACCCUGUGGUACUGUUUUCCCUGUACGGUGUAUACGAUAUCUAAAACUGUAAUUUAUUAUUUGUGAAAUUUUUCACAAUUUGCUGACCAUGUGGCAUUUUUAAAUAUGAUAUGUGAUAUUCCAGUGGAAUCCGUCCUCGGUGUGUUAAAAUUAUUGAUUAUUUUUAUCAUUGUAAAUAUGAAUAUGUAUAUAUAUAUAUAUUGCAAAUGCAUAUAGGUUGUGUACAGAUUGUGUAUAGCUGGUUACUAUGGAGAUGCCAUAGAUGUAGGUGCAUCAAUAUUUUCCGAACUUCGUCCCUUGUUAUUCAGCAUUUGUUAGUGAAGUGUUGCAGCAUGUCCCACUGGGCUAAUUACCUUAUUCUAUUCAUUGUUAUAUCCCGAUAACUAAAAAAGUGUUACAUUGUACACUAGUCUAUAAACCCAUCAGUCUUGCAGUAGAAGUCUCUAUAUAGAAUCUGACGAAUGGAUGUCAGGCCAUCUUUAACCAGGAGCUUUAUGCCUAUUACCAAAUAAGGUUGCAGAAUAGGAAAGGUCAGUAUGAAGUUGAUGUACAUGUAUGUGUUAACCACUGCCGUCAUAUUGAUGUACAUGUAUCAAAGAUGUUUACCUGUUUAAUUAUCUGAUCAGUUUUUAGUUGAGGACUGAUUUACCACCAGCUUUAAAUAACUGGUCUGAGCAUUGAAUGAUUUACCAUACAAUGUGAUUGUACAUGUACAUGCUAAGAAUGUAUAGCAAAACAGACCUUUUGCAUGCAAUUUGAAACCACCUGUAACCAACAUUUACAGUUGUACAGUUUGUUUGGCAUGUAACUGAAACCCAUGCAGUGGCCCAUAGGUCAGGUGUGAUUUUAGUAAUGGAUACAUGGAAUUAGAAUUCAGGUGGACUGCUACAUUUACCAAAAUACCUUUUCUACUUAAUUUACUUCAGUUCAAGCAGAGCCAAAUCAGAGGAUUUGGUAUGUUUGGAGUUUCUGUCAGUUUAUGUUGAAUGGUAUGUGCUCAAUGCGUAGCCUACAUAUAUCGUUUUCCAGGUGUACUAGAUUACAUGAAUAACCUGCUGCCAUUGACGUAACCCCAAUGCCACAUGUCAGUCAGUCAGUCCCUGACAGCUGCUGUGUGUCUGCACUUAGCAAUAUGGAGAGCAGAGUAGACUUAUUCUGUACAGGUAUUAUGGUGUGCUCAACUAAGUUAUUCACAUGUUAGACUAUGAUGUAAAGCUAAUAAAACAUUUUCUGAAAACAGCUAUAGGAUU